CGACACAACCCGUACACUGGGAGGAAGAUAUUGGCCCUUUAAGAGAAAAGGAAACAUCGUACAAAUAAAAACAAGAACUUCUUGCGGGAUUUUUGGAGAGCCAAGGAAAACACACGAUCGCAGGGUUUCGGAGGUGUACCGUGCGUUUUCAAGGGGAAAACUUACUGAAGAAUCGUAUAGCAGAAAGAACAAGAUUAGACUAGAGAAAGCUGUGUGCAGUUAAACAUGGUGGCCACUGCGUAGGGAAACUAAAAAAGAGAGGCUUUUAAAAUAUUAAAGAAAAAGGCGUUUAUUGCCGUGUUGCAGCGGCCGGGAUGGAUCCCGAAGCUGGCCGGUGGGAAUAGAUCCGUCCGUGUGCACGCGAAUGCGCCUUUUCCCCCUACAGGUUGAGAGGAGAGAGGGGGGAGCGCGCGCGCGCGCGCAGGACUCGUUUAAAGUUUUGGCGCUGUGAGUUUUUUGCGGGGAAAAAAAAAAAGGAAAAAAAAAAAAAAAACAGGCGAAAAAUGAUCGCAAAGGAAGCGUGAUGGGCAGACGGUGGAAACCGCACCAUCGACGAGGAGAAGGCAGAAGCGAAGGAGGAAGAUCAGCAGAAAACGGCAAGAAGAUGCGCGGCACGAAACGCCGCGUCGUCGUACGUGCGAACUGUUUGUUUGGGAAAAGAUGCGGAAUUAUUAUAGCGAAAAGCAGAGCAAUUCUUGAAUUUAGAGCAGAAAAGUAAUUCGCAUUAAUACUGAGCAGACUUUUGUCGGCGUUGAAGGCUCUCCUGACGUGACUGGUGGUUUUGCUGUGCGCUUCGAGCACGUUGUUGAACAACUUCAACAUUGUUGGGCUGCAGAAGCGCUUCGAAAGACGUUUCAUUACAUGGAGACUUGCCUGACAUGCCGAGGACGGAGUUACCGUUGCCAGAGGGUUGGGAGGAAGCCCGCGAUUUUGAUGGCAAAGUCUAUUACAUUGAUCACAUCAAUCACACUACCAGCUGGAUCGACCCAAGAGACAGACAGACCAAGCCUCUGACGUUUGCUGACUGCAUUGGAGAUGAGCUUCCCGUAGGCUGGGAGGAGGCCUAUGACCCCCACAUCGGAGCAUAUUAUGUGGACCAUAACACAAAGAGCACCCAGGUGGAGGACCCGCGGGUGCAGUGGCAGCGCGAGCAGGAACGCAUGCUCCGAGAGUACCUGGCCGUGGCCCGCGAUGCCUUAUCCACCCAGCAGGAGACCUACCAGGUGAAGGAACAGCGCCUCCGCCUGGCCCAGCAGGAGUACCGGCAGCUAAGCGAUGCGUGGAAGGACAAGUCGGCCUCGCAGACCAGCUUGAAUUCCAGGUCUUCCUCCAGCAGCAAAUAUGACCCAGAGAUCCUGAAAGCAGAGAUUGUGACGGCAAAGAGCAGGGUGAACAAGCUGAAGAGGGAUCUUGCGUGUAUGAAACAGGAACUCCAGUAUAAGGAACAGGGUUUCGAAACCCUCAGAGAGAUUGGCCACAGGGUGUCCGGAGCAUCGUACGAGUACAAGCUGCAGGAGGCCCAGGCUGUUCUGAAUGAGGUGAAGUCCAUCAAGGAUGCCAUCAGUCUGGGGGAGAAGGAGAAGAGGGAGCUGAUGCAGAAACUGGCCAUCCUGAAGGAUGGAUUCCGCCUGGACUCCGGGUCUCUCUUGGAACUAUGGGCCAGCAGUAGCCCCUCGCUGGCUGAUUCGAGCCUGUCCAUCCCGCGCCUCUAUUCAGACGCUGAGUCCCAGACUGACAUUCCUGCAGAGACAAACAGCUUGCUGGCGGAGAAAGUGCGUCUAAGCCUCAAAUACGAAGAAGCAAAGAGAAGGAUUGCCAACCUUGAGGUCCAGAUCGCCAAGCUGGACAGCCAGGCCUGGCCUGGUCUCCUGGACCCUGAGCGGGAUCGACUGAUCCUGAUCAGCGAGAAGGAGGAGCUGCUCAAGGAGCUGCAGUACGCCAAGCCGUGCGCACGCGCCCCGGGGGAUGCUGAGAAGAUCGAGACAGAGAAGCGGCGCCUGGAGAUGGACUUGCAGGCGGCGCGCGACAGCCAGAGCAAGGCCCUUACGGAGAGGCUGAGGUUGCACUGCAGGAGGAGCAAGCUGGUGAGAGAACUGGAAGAAACGGUCCGGCUGGCAUCCUCCCUCCACACCCAGUUGAAAAGCCUCUCCGCCAGCACGCUCUCCUGCUCCUCGGGCAGCAGCCACGGGUCCCUGACGUCCAGCCGAGGAUCCCUGGCCACCUCCAGCCUGGGGUCGUCCUCGUCCCUCAGCCUGAGCGAGCUGUGCGUGGACGCGCCCGAGCUGGCCGACCCGGAGCUCCGCCACAAGCUGGACUCGCUGCUGCAGGAGGGUGCUGCCGCCGCGGCUGGCUACCGGCCGCCCAGCUCCAUUCCCACCAUCCACGAGAACGAGGUGGUGGGUGCCGGCGGGUGUCCCCGGGUGCGAGCGCUCCGGCCGCUGGGGACGCCGCCACGCUCGGCGGGCUCGCUGUCGCCACGCUCGUCACUCUCGUCGCUGUCGCCACCCUGCUCCCCGCUUGUGACGGAUGCUGGCUUCCUGCAGGGGGACGUCUUCCUGGGCUCCGAACUGCACGGCCGUCUGGCAGAGCUCCAUCUGCGUGAUGACGGCCUCGUUGGAGACACGCGGGGCACGGGAGCCAAGGAGGGCACCGGUGCCUCCACUGCUGCUGAUGCGGAGACCUCUAAAGGAAAUGCAGAUUGUGUUGCAGACGCGAGGGGCCCUGGGCCGGGGGUUAAGAAGGCGGGAGUGUCCUCGGCCGUUUCGGACGAAUCGGUGGCUGGAGACAGCGGAGUUUAUGAACCAUCUGAGAAGAGGCCCGGCCACCUGCUGGAUCUGCUGACCUGCGAGGAUGGCGGACCUUCAGGCUCAGCGAAGGUCAGGCUGGGGCUCAAGUACGAGACAGAAGAGAGAUGCUUCACUGUGGCCGUCAUGCAGAUUGCCAACGGCGGCUCCCUUCCGCUGCCUACAGACCAGAACAUGUAUGUCCGUGUGGUGGUACUGCCAUGUUUGGAGACAACGCGGUGUCUAUUUCGCACACGUGGGGUGUCGCCAUGGGAGACCGUGGACCUGAACGAGGUGUUCGGAGUGCAGGUGUCCCACAGUGCGUUGCGGCAGAAGACCCUUCGUGUGGAUGUGUGCUACACCAACAAGUUGGGCAAGGAGGAAUGCCUGGCUGGUGCUCAGAUAAGCCUAGCUGAGAUCAGCAGCUCGGGGGAGAGGUCUACGAAGUGGUACAACCUCCUCAACUACACGUACGUGUCCGACAUUGAUGCCAAGCACAGAGAGGCCAAGACCUCUCCUGAGCAAGAACAGGGCUCCCUUGAAAUGCUGGAGCUGAGCACUACGGGGGGAACUGGAGAAAACGUUGAGGGUACUCUGGAGCUCAAGUGGCACAGUGAUGCCGUUGAAGGUGAUGUCUUCGAGGACCGGGAGGAGAGUGAUGCAGAAGAGGAGGAGCUAGUGGAGGAAGAGGAGGGGCUUUAUCCUGACAGCAGGCAAUGGGAAGGAGAGGAGGAGGAGGUGGAGAAAUUGGUCUGUGCAGGAUCAAACAUAGAGAAGUUGAACAAGGAGACCACCACUGAGGGUCUUUCCAAGUCCGUCUCGGUGGUCCGGCCCAAGGAGCGAAGGUCUGCCAUCCCCCAGCACAACCCAUUUGUGAGGGGGAACACAAUCAUCCGCUCGAAAACGUUCUCCCCUGGACCUCAGAGCCAGUAUGUCUGCAGGAUCAACCGCAGUGACAGCGACAGCUCAACGCUGUCCAAGAAGUCCCCGUUUGUGAGGAACGCGUCGGAGCGGCGCAGUGUGCGGCUCAAGAAGCCGCCUCUGCAGGCCCGGGGUCUGGACGGGCUGCUGCGGACCUCCUUGGACCUAGAGCUGGACCUGCAGGCAUCUCGGACGCGCCGCGCGCGCCUGGAGCAGGAGUUGCGUGUGCUGCGGCAGCUGAAGGAGCAGAUGGAGGAAGCACGACUGCGUGGAUGCAGCCGACUGCCCGCUUGCGUGCGAGAGGAUGAGCGGUUGUGCGCACUCCUGCAGCAGCUCGACAGACAGACCAAGGAGGAGCAGCUCCAGGAGGCACACGUGGAGCGCAUGAUGCGGGCGGUGGCCAAGGACGUGCAGCGGAUUCGCGGGCAGAGCAGGAAGGAGGUGCCAGAGGUGCAGUCGUUCAGGGAGAAGAUGGCGUUCUUCACUCGGGCAAAAAUUAAUAUCCCGGACCUCCCUGCAGAUGACGUGUAGAGCAUCCUAAGUAUUCUCAAGUCUGAACUGCUGUUUCCAAGGAGAUGACACUGACUUCUGGUGGUAUUAUGAAGAAAUGUAUAAACAAAAGUCACAUUUUAAAACACUGGGUUGUAGAUUUUUGAAUUGCUAACCUGUAUAGUUUUUUUAAAGUAAUUUUUAGCAAC